GGGAGAGAGAGAGAGAGAGAGAGAGAGAGAGAGAGAGAGAGAGAGAUGUAGAGACAGGAAGCCUCCACUGCUACUGAGCCAGUGAGACGCAGGCAGGCAGAGAGAGAAGACGGAGGGAGAGGAGGCCCUCGGCAUCUCCCGGGCCGGUCCAAUGAGGGGGUGAGGGGCUCGAGAGCCAUACAACAGGGAGGAUAGUGGGAGGAGAAGCAGAUACGGAGGGGAAAAAAGACAGGGCAAUAAAAUCAGAAAGAGAUUUCAGCAGGAAAAGGAAGAGUGGGCGGGUGGGUCCUGAGAUAUGGAUGGAAAAAAGCAGAUAAAAGUUUUGUAGACAGAGGCAGAGAGAGAGAGAGAGAGGGGAGGGGGGGGGGGGCAGAGGAACAGCGGCUGAACGUAGAGCGGAUUGAGACUGUGUUAAUGGCAAAGGUAGUGGAGGAUUCAUGGAAAAAGAAGAGGAAGCACUCUGUCUCAGGAGUCCUCCUGUUCGUCUUCUGCUUCUCCCUCUCUCCCUGAGGCUGCUGGACAUCAUCCAUCACCAUGUUCUCUGACAGCAGGGCUCCGGCGCCGGGGGAGCAGAAAGGCUUCAAGCCCCACGCCCCCAACUUCAUCCCUUGGCUGCGCAAUAGUCUGAAGCCCCACCACGGUGGCAGUGACAUGGGCCUCAACGGACCGUACAAAUCCGGCGCCGAGGCGCGGAACAACCUGACCCCGCUGGAGAGAGCCAAAGGCAUCGGGUUCUUCUCCAUCCAGGGAAAGGACCGGGCAAAGAAGGGGGAGGCUCGCUGCAAAAGCGUGGGGAUGGCGAGAAUGCUCUGGGGUCACCACAUUCUGCCGGGGGGUCACCAGAGGGAGGACCGUCCCGCCUUUUGGACGCAGCCCCCGAAGCCGGAGCCGCUCCCCAACACGCGGAGCGCUCCGGAGGACGGGCGGCGGGGCGCGAGCGACACCUCCUCCGCGUCGGCCCGGGACAACCACGCCUUUGUCAGGAACCCGAGCGGCCACCUUGAGUCGCAGGGCGACGGGGCGAGCACCUUGGUCAGGAAAUACGGGCCACUGGUGAGGCCCGCUCCUGUCCCCGUUCCCGCACUGCUCAUUGAGGAGCCCGUCGCGGUGCACACGGAGGACAGGGGGGGGAAGGUGUGGGACUACGCCAGCAGGACCACCCGCCGCAAGAGAGACCUCCACUCGUCCAGCUGGGUGAGCUCAGACACUCAGGGAACGGAACGGCAGCACGGCUUCAGGAACUCCCAGAGCCAGAGAGACCUGAGGGAACCCUACGUUGAGCAUUUCAACAGGCCCCUCAACGGGGUCCUCUUCUCCACCGAGGUUCCUCUGAGGGGCCUGGGCUGCGCCGCGACCCUGCGAGGUCCCAGGAAACCCAGAGCAAGCUUUGAGCACAGCGCGGGGGCCCAGGGCCAGAACCAGACCAGGGUGCAACACAGGCCGGCCAAGGGAGGGGAGCUGCAGAGGGAGGAAUCGGGCUGCAGCAGGAAGGUGGUGCGAAACCAGAUCAAACGGGUGGUGGAUAACCUGGAGCAAGUUCUCGCGGCGCUGAGGGACGUUCACCAGGAAAUGAAAGAGGUGGUGCAGCAGAUCGACAACCUAACCUCAGCUAUCGACCUGAAUGCGGUGGAGCCCGAGAGAGGCGACAGCAGCUCCAGUUCGGGUUCGACCUGCAGCGUGGUGACGGUGGGCAGCGUUCAGCGGAGGCCCUCGGCGCCCGAAGAGCCGCCCGGAACCUGCGACUCAGCGGGCAGCCUCAGGGGGGGUCCUCACGGCCGGAGCCAGUCUCCACCGCCGUGCCCGGUGGCCUCUGGGUUUCCGACGGCGCGGGGUCGAACUCUUCGACUCGCCUCCAGUCUGGGGUCUUCUCCGGGACGCGGUGGGACGCCGCGGCACGACGUGGCUCUGUCUCCCCGGCGAAGCCUCCCCGUUCGGCCUCCCACCCCCGGUCUCUCCCCCUUAACUGUAAACCUCCACCAGCUCAACAGCCCCGGGUCACGAACUCACUCCCCCGGGCCUUCCUCCUCGGGCAGGGUCAGCCCCGUCUCCCCGCUGUCUCCAAAGCCUCACCCGCCCCCCACGUUGAGCCCUUCUGUCACCGCAGAGAACCAAAUCGGGGCGUUUCAGACCCCACAAAGUGGCCCCCCAUCUGCCGGCCUGCUCUCUCCGUCGUCCGCCCUGCGUCCGUCUGUCAGCUGCCCACCGACCGACUGGACUCAGACUGCGUCCAGCGCCGAGGGAGCGAGGCGAGUGUCCUCCGCAGGAGCCGCUCACACACCUCCGAGGGUGCGCUCGGCCCCCGUGGACCGCAGAGGCCGCAAGCCUCCCCCGUACCCCCACCGGGGGCCGCCUGAGCCCGCGAAGAAAGUGAAGGAGCCCCGCGAAGCUCCUCCGUACCCUGAGAAAAGGAGGCUGCUCUCUACCACCGUGUGAGACGA